AAUCUAACGUUUUUGCAUUCUUCUUUGGAAUUAUAUUUUGGUUUUAUUAGGGAAACGAUUUUCAAUGCAUCCCGAGACAGAGCAAGCCUGUUUAGUUCCAUCUUCCAAGAAGACUAAGCUAUGCAGUGAGAACUUUGAAGACAAAUUCAGCAGCUUGCUUGAGAGUGUUGUUAGCAUAAUUCUUAGUCAACUUCCAACUGCUGAAGCUGUUAGUACUUCUGUGUUAUCAAAGUCAUGGAAGAACAUUUGGACAAACAUCACAGAUUUACAUUUUGAUGAUACAAAGCAGAGGGAUCCGAGUGAUUCUCGAUUUACUGACUUCGUUGAGCGUGUGGUUGGCGACAUUGGAAGUCCGCACAUUAGCAGUUUCUAUCUAUGCUCUGUUAAUACUUUCGAUGAGACUCUUCUCUUCUCGUGGUUAUCAAAGGUACUAAAGCGCAAUCUUCAGAGACUUGUUGUCACUUGCAACGAUCUAGAGAUCAUCAGUUUUUCUUCACUUUUUCCUAGUUUUGUUUCGCUUGUGGAGUUAAGGCUCCGUACAAAAAGCAUUCUUGACAUUUCGGCUCCCGCUAUUCUCCCGAACCUUAAGUUCCUUAGUCUCGAGGAUGCUAGAAUCUUCAACAUGUCUUCUGUCUCAAAGAACCUCGUUCUGAACUUUCCUGUCUUGGAAACUUUUGAAGCCUCUUAUUGCCGCUGCUUUAGAACCGAUACUGUGAUCAUAGACUCUCCAUUGCUUAGGAUCUUUGAGAUGUUCAAGUGUACAUCUGAACACGUACCUAAUCCUUCUCAAGUGUGUAAGAUCAGGGUGUUAGCUUCAAAGCUUGAGAAAAUCACAUUCUGUGGAGACGAACCCCGAAAAAUCCAUCUGUCUUUUCCACCGUCUUUACCUGAUGCUUAUCUUGCCCUCAGCAGAUCCGAGUGGCCCAAGACGUUUCUACGUAGCUUCACAUGCGUGACGAGUUUGGCUCUCGUGCUUAGCAAGGAUUUUCAUGUGAUGGCAGUACCCAAAUUCAGCCAGUUGGUAUACCUGCAUUUGAUAUACGACAUGACACAACAUUUUAGAUUAAUGCAGUUCCUUAAAUCCGCACCAAUACUCGAGAUGCUCAGCAUCCGCGACCUGACAUCUCCUCGUUCAACACCUACUGCAAAGUCCUUGAAGGAACUACGUUCAGUAGAAUCUCCGGAUUGCGUUACAACAAUGCUCAAAGUCCUGCAGAUCAGGAACUUUAAGCCAAACAGGCUACAGAUAUCAGUGUUGAGGUACGUGUUGGACAAUGCUGAGAUUCUUGGAUCAGUCAUCCUUUCCUCGCCCAAUCCAAUCACAGAAGAAGAGAAAGCAAGAAUCUUGGCUUUUCCUAAAGCCUCUCCCCAUGCCUCUGUCUUGUUCGAAUGACCAAAAGUU